AUGAUCCGCUCGGGUCCCGGUGUGCGGGAUGCUGCAGGUCCCGAAGGGAUGCGCGGGGUGCAGAGCUGUCCCCCCGAGGAUGUUCCUUGGGGGAUGCUGCAGGUCCCGGAGGGAUGCGCGGGGUGCGGAGCUGUCCCCCCGCGGAUGAUCCGCUCGGGUCCCGGUGUGCGGGAUGCUGCAGUAAUUUUGCUGGACUCUAAAGCACAACAGACAGAAUUGGAAUGGAUUUCCUCUCCUCCCAAUGGGUGGGAAGAAAUUAGUGGACUGGAUGAAAACUACACUCCUAUACGAACAUACCAGGUAUGCCAGGUGAUGGAAUCAAACCAAAACAACUGGCUUCGGACUAACUGGAUUGCGAAAAGCAAUGCACAAAGGAUUUUUGUAGAACUGAAAUUCACUCUGAGGGAUUGUAACAGUCUUCCUGGAGUUCUGGGGACUUGUAAAGAAACUUUUAACUUGUAUUAUUAUGAAACAGACUACGACACUGGCAGGAAUAUCCGAGAAAACCAAUAUGUAAAAAUAGACACUAUUGCAGCAGAUGAAAGUUUUACCCAGGGUGAUCUCGGGGAGAGAAAAAUGAAACUUAACACAGAGGUGAGAGAAAUUGGACCUUUGUCCAAAAAAGGAUUCUAUCUUGCGUUUCAGGACGUAGGGGCCUGCAUUGCUUUGGUCUCUGUCAAAGUCUACUACAAGAAGUGCUGGUCCAUCAUUGAGAACUUAGCUAUUUUUCCUGACACAGUGACUGGCUCAGAGUUUUCCUCUCUAGUUGAAGUGCGAGGAACUUGUGUCAGCAGCGCGGAGGAGGAGGCAGAGAACUCACCCAAGAUGCACUGCAGCGCCGAGGGAGAAUGGUUAGUGCCUAUUGGAAAAUGUAUCUGCAAAGCAGGAUACCAGCAGAAAGGAGACACCUGUGAGCGUAAGUAA